CGCUCCCCACUUAAGCAGUCAGCAGUGAAAACCCGACUGCGUGUGCGUGCUCUGUGCGUGGUUGCCCACAGUGGUGUGCUGCAGUCCGCUCCCUGCCGUAGUUGAGUAAAGUACAUGGACAUUAGCGGGCGCAGCGGCACAACCACCGAGCUGGAGUGGAUUAAAACUGCGUGCGUGCGUGGAGAGCCACUCGACGACCGACUGCGAAACCCCCGGAGUGUAAUCCCAAGUCCGUUAUACCAGUUUGCAAAUGCGAAACAGCAAAGCAGAGGCUGUCGGUAAACUCAGUUAGUGGCGUGCAUUGUGUGUGCGUGUAUGUGUGUGUGAGAGUGUGUGUCAAUCAGGGAGAGAGGGAGAGAAAGCUCGGCGGGAAUGGCUUCAUCUCCGUGCGGCAACAGUAACUUUGAUUCCGGUCUGGAAAUCAAAACUCGCUCGGUGGAGCAGACGCUUAUUCCUUUAGUUUCGCAGAUCACCACUCUGAUCAACCACAAAGACAAGCCAAAGAAGUCAGAGCGCACCCUGGCAGCUAUACACAGGGUGGGCCAGGCGGUGAGUGUAGCAGUGGGGCGUUUUGUAGCAGUCGGGGAGGCCAUUGCCGCAGAGAACCAGGAGCUGAAGGAUGAGAUGGGUCAAGCCUGCUUCGAAGCUCGCAGAGCAGGUGAUGCCAUAGCCCAGCUGACAGAUGUUGGCUCGGCCUUGCCGUCCCAGUUGGAUGGACGUGUCACAGUGUUCAGUGAUAGGACAGCGAUGGUGAAGGCUGCUCGAUUGCUCCUCUCUUCUGUCACCAAAGUCCUGGUGCUGGCCGACCGCAUCGUCAUCAAACAGAUAAUCACAUCACGCAACAAGGUUCUGGUAACGCUCGAUCAUCUGGAAAGAGUCAGCACCUUCCAGGAAUUUGUUCAGAUUUUCAGCCAGUUUGGCAACGAGAUGGUGGAGUUUGCUCACCUGACGGGAGACAGACAGAAUGACUUGAAGGAUGAGAAGAAGAAAGCCCGGAUGGCAGCAGCUAGAGCAGUGCUGGAGAAGUGCACCAUGAUGCUCCUCACAGCCUCCAAGACUUGCCUGAGGCACCCAGACUGUGAGUCGGCGCGGAUCAACAAAGACGCCGUGUUCCACCGAAUGCGCUGUGCCCUGGAGCAGGUCAUCGAGAUUGUCACUGAAGCACGGAGCUGUGGGGAGAACAGGAUCCUUCCUGCCAGCAUCUACAAUGGCAUCAAGGAAUUUAAGUCCGGCGUGGAGUGCCUGCGGGAGAACCUAUACUCCUUGUCACCGCAGAGCAUGUCCAGCCAGCUGGAGGCUCUGGUCGAGCGGACAGAGGACUUCACUGAUUCGGCCUACACCAGUCAUGAGCAGCGUCAGGCCAUCCUUGGACUGUGCCAGCUGGCGCGCCAGGACACCCAGCAGCUGGUACACGCCUGGGUUGAGGCGCAGUCUGUCCACGCCAAAGAGGCCACGAAGGACAUGGAGGUGGCCAUCCUGAAGACGUCCCAGAGUGUCAGCGACCUCAGACGUGAGCUCCACAAGGUUGCGGUGGGUCGAGCCUCAGAUUUGCUGAAAGUUCAUGGGGAGCAGCUGCCUCUGCGGGCUCUCAAAGCAGCAGGCGCCGAGGGAAACCUGGAGGAAGUGGCAGAGUAUUCGCGCACGCUCACUGAGCAGAAGGAGCAGCUGGUGGAGACGUGUCGGCUGUUGUGCCAUGUGUCGGGCACAGAGCCAUUAGAGAUCACCUGCAUACACGCUGAGGAGACCUUCCAUGUCAUUGGUCCACAGAUCAUCUCAGCAGCCCAGACGCUGGCUCUCCACCCAUCUAGUAAAAUUGCAAAGGAGAACCUGGAAGUGUUCUGCGAGGCCUGGGAGUCGCAGCUCUGUGACAUGGCUCUGCUGCUGAGAGAGAUCAACGACGUCUUUGAAGGCAGGCGAGGAGACAAAAGGCCUUAUUUGUCACUUCCUAGACCUGGGAAGCACUUGGCGAACAUGAAGACUGCCAAGGCUGUCAAGUUGGAUGCAGAGGAGCAGACAAGUAUGGCCAAGCUGGGUCUGGAACUUCGUCUUCUGUCGUCAGAUGUAGACACAGAGGUGGAAAAGUGGGAGGACCAGGAGCAUGAAAUUGUCCGGCAGAGCCAGAGCCUCGCCAGUAUGGCCUACAACAUGUACCUGUUCACCAGAGGGGAGGGACUGUUGAAAACAACGCUAGAUCUUUUUCAUCAAGCUGAGGUUCUUUCUGAAGAGGGGCUCCAGCUGUGCUCAUCUCUCCGCACUUUUUCCUCUCAGUUGGUUGAUGAGGAAAAGACUGUGGUGAUGACAGAAAUGGAGAAGCUGCUGGCUUUGUGCCAACAGCUGCAGAUGGGGGCUAAGACUCCUGUACAGGGCAAGGCUGCCACCUUCCAGAAGGUGGACUCAUUCAUUCAGGCAACCAGGAGCAUCCUGAGUGUGGUCCUCUCCCUCCUGCCAUGCUGUAACAAGCUCAAUAGAAAGUACAAGUCAGAGAGGAACAGCCUCAGUUCCCCACAGGAUUGGAGAGAAAGGCAAGACGCAUCCACACCUGUCAAAGAGGAAGGAGCUCUCAACACCAAGAACAGCAACGGAUUUGGCGUUAAAUCUUUGGAGCAGCACAUGGCUGGUCUCAACCUCCUUGAGAGCAAAUAAUCCCAGGCAAUCUCUUCCUUUGUCCACUCUUCCCGAUAAAGCAGCACAUAGCUGACCUCACCUCUCUGGAGAAAAUAUGAUCUUAGAAAUAGCCCCAGUCCCCACCCCCAUCCAUCAUUCAGUACUAGUCUGGUAAAGAUGGUUGACUUGGCUCAACCGGAAUUUGCAUUUCCUGCCUGGAUGAUGUUUGCACAAGAAAA